UUGCUCUACUUUUAAAAAUGGCUGCUAGUACAGUAAAGUUGCCUAAGAUAAGAGAAGUUAGAGCUUAUUCAAAGAAAGAGUCAGCAGAUCAAGGUGCAGACUGUCACGAUGUGGAUGAUAAACACUGGAUCAAUGGCUACCCGACACCAAUAGCUAAUCCAAUGACACCUCACCCUCUCUAUCGGGCCCAGAGGAAGCUAUGGGGGAUUAAUGCAAUGGGGAGUGUAGUGGUUGAGGUGGAGAGUGAAGAUGGCACUAUAGGAGUGGGUGUAUCAAUUGGUGGUCCUCCUGCUUGCUAUAUCGUUGAGAAUCAUCUGAGUCGAUUCAUUGAAGGACAAGAUCCAAGCAAUGUAGAGCUCAUGUGGGAUCAGAUGUUCCGAAGUACUCUUAACUAUGGGAGGAAGGGACUACCAUUGCAAGCAAUCAGUGCUGUUGAUUUAGCUAUUUGGGAUCUCCUUGGUAAGCUGAGGAAAGAACCAGUUUAUUCAUUGCUGGGAGGGAAGACAAAGGAUUACUUACCUGUUUACUGCACCUCCUCAAGGCCUGAUAAUGCUAAAGAUUUUGGCUUUGUCGGGGCUAAGAUACCUUGUGCUUAUGGUCCCAGUGAAGGUGUUGAAGGUUUUAAAAAGAAUGUAGAACUAUUCCAAGAUGCCCGUGAAAGAGUUGGGCCUGAUUUCCCUCUCAUGCUGGACUGCUACAUGGCAUUGACAGUUCCUUAUGCAGUGAAGUUAGGCAAGGCACUGGAGCCUUUUAACUUGAAGUGGAUAGAGGAAUGUCUUCCACCAGAUGAUUAUACUGGCUAUAGAGACUUGAAAUUGGCACUUACUGGUACUACACUAGUAACUACUGGAGAGCAUGAAUAUACAAGGUAUGGCUUUCGUCAGCUCCUUGAAGGAAACUGUGCUGAUAUUAUUCAACCUGACAUAACAUGGCUUGGGGGAAUCACCGAAGCUAGACGUGUUGUGGCACUGGCUUCAUCACAUGACAUACCUGUGAUUCCACACGGAUCCAGUGUAUAUUCUUAUCACAUGCAAUAUGCCUUCCCUAACUGCCCAUUGGCUGAAUACAUUAACCUCAGCUGUAAUUCUGAUAAAAUAGUCCCUUAUUUUGGAGGGCUAUUCCCUGAUGAGCCACUACCUGAGAAUGGAGUCAUUCAACUCCCUGACAGGCCAGGCUUUGGAGUGACGCUGGAUAAAAGUGGGCUCACUAGACCUUAUCCUAGAUCACCUGAUCAGGUUAAAGUGCAGUUUGAGAGGAAUGCAGCUGCUCGUCCUCUUACUAAACCUGUUAUGCCACUUUAGCUAUGCGUGUAUGGAAUAUUUUCUUAUGCUGCAAAUUAAAGUACUGUUAUUGCUACUUUUAGCUUUAUGUAAAUUAUAAAUCCAGUUAUGUAUGACAGCAAAAA